AUGUCUAAGAGCCGUUCUCAGGCACCAUGCACUCCGUCCGACGAGUUUGACCAUCGCCUGGUCUAUAUCGUAGGUUAUACUGGCUUUCGGGUCCAUGCGUUACAGGACUGCGUGAUCGACACAAGGCACACUUUUUACGCCCCGAAGGAGUUCUCCAGCAACAUAUACUCUUACAAUGGCGCCUUCUUCGACACUAAAGUCGAGAUGUAUCAAUGGGUAGACAAAGUGAGCUACUAUGGCGUGCACAAGGUUGGCGCAUUUGUGGACCACGCGGUGACACAAAGAAAUAUCGUGGACUUUCUGUUCUCGACGGAGCGCAACCCGGGGUACUUCCCGCAUGUGCCCGGAGUUGGGCGCAAGUUUGCGCCGAAGCUCAAGCUGGGCGGGUACAGUGUCCCGCCCGGAGCGUUCGCGGCGGUGCGGGGAGUCAGGCAAUUGCCUUUGAUAGACGACCGUUGGUAUCAGCCAUCGGAUAUCACGUACCCACUCCCAGUGCCCAAUGUCGACUACCUUAAUACCCAGGUGCAUAACAAUGCACUUUACACCGGCGACCCCCUGAACCCGAAGAUCGGAGAUUUGAAAGUCACCUUUUGGGGCAACGAAACGAUGCGUUUUAGCGCCAUAGGUCGCCAGAGAUCCGCAUUAAUACCGAAGGAAACGUUUUUGGAGCCAUUUCCGUUACAGGAUCACAAUGUGGUACUCGUAGGGGAAGGCGGAGGUUCGCCGCUCGCUCUGGCUACCGCUUUUUACAGCCAGUUCGAGAGCACGCAGGCGACAUAUUGGUCGCUGCGCCUGACGUCCUUGGCGCUGAUCACGGCGACGCUCUAUAUGUACUACUACGGCUUGAGGGCACCCAAGCCGGGUAACGCUGCUGCUCUGCAGUUUUUGCGCAAGCGCGGCCACGCUGUGCAUGAUGGAGGCCCUGAUCUGGAUGCGCUACCGCCUGUACCUAUUUUUCCUCUUAUCGCUGCUCGGUUGCGGGUUCUGCGGGGCCGUGAUGUCCAUAUGCGGAGGGAGGAAGGCCUCGAACUUCUUCGAGGUAAGUUGUGUCCGCGUCCCUCUGCCGACGCACUAACGCCUAUGCAGCCUGAGGUGGAUGAACUGCGCUUCUCGAAGCCGGUGCCCGCAAUCGUCCGCAUAUACUCUAUAACGGAUGGCGCCAGCGGGAACAAGCCGGGGUUGUGUCACCUCCGGGACUUUAUGGCUUCCAAGUCCCCGGAAGACAAUGUCAAGGUGGUUGUCUGCGGAGGUGACGGGAGUAUGGUGUGGCUCAUCUCCGAGAUAGAAGCUCAUUCCAUCGACUACAGCUCGAUCUCCUUCGCCAUUGUGCCUUACGGAACCGGCAAUGACCUUGCGCGUUCCGUGAACUGGAACGACCUCAACGGGCUCAUGCCGUUUGACAUGAACAUGACACCGUUGAGGCGCGUCAUUGAGAGGCUGUUCAAGGCGACGGAGAUCCAGCACGACCUGUGGCAGAUUUUAAUCACGGUGGAGCCCGAGGGGUCGUUCAACAAAAUAAGCUCUUCGACGCAUCAGAAGCAAACUAUUCUCGAUGCCGAAGGCCAUGAAGUGUUGCACAUGGAGUUCGUUAUGGGCAACUACUUCAGCUUGGGCGUGGACGCAAGAAUCGGCCGUGGGUUCGACCGCAAACGCUCCAACUCGGGUCCUAUGAACAAGUUCAUAUACAUGUUGCAAGGCUUUAAAAACUCGAUGCGGCCCGUUGUGCGUGUCGACAAGCAGAUUGACAGAAUGCUCUGCGGCGAGGGGUACAACAAGACCGUGUUUACGACCGACACUCACAACCUCGAGUUCCCCAUCCUCCCGAGGACCGCCUCGCUCGUAGCGCUCAACAUCCCCAGCUACUCGGCCGGUGUUGCUGCGUUUACGAAGGCGAAGCGCAUAGGACUCGAAAACAUGCGCGAUGACGAGAUACGUGAGUUGAGCAAGACCUCGCAGAAGAUGGGUGACCGACGCAUGGAGUUUGUGACCUACAGGCGAAUUUCUCACAUAGCCUUUGACUUCUGCGGCCUUGGUGUGGCGCGCCGCCUACACUUCGGCGAGGGCCCGUGGAAGAUUCUGUUUAAGGAGCUUCACCCGAGGGAGAAGGUCUACUUCCAGGUGGACGGCGAAUUUUUUGUGAUGCUGCAGCCUAAGGAGGUGGAGAUCAAGCACUUCAGGACCAUCAAGCUCCUGAAGUGA